AUGUCGUGGGACCUACUGCAGAGGUUCCUUGAGUCCGACGUCUUCAAUUCGAACCCCUUCCUCUCUGUCUCGUACCUCUCCCGCUACGCCGACCACGUUGGCAUUCACUAUGUCCUGUGCAACAAGCUGCGCCAGUUCCCCUACGAGGACAUCGAGUUCUUCCUGCCGCAGCUAUGUCAUCUCAUAAUCAGCAUCGACAACGAGUCCAUGGCCCUCGAGGAGUUUCUGCUCGAUCUCUGCGAGGAGUCGGUCACGGCCGCGCUUCUGACCUUCUGGCUCUUCCAGACGUACCUACACGACCUCUCGUCCAAUCCCCAGUCCGGCGCCUUCCAGACAUGUCGACGCGUAUACAACAAGGUCCAGCACAUCGUCUUUGGCCUGGCAGACACCGCGCGCCAUGGCAGGAUCAAGGAGAAUGUCUUGCCUGUCACCGUCCUCUCCAGCUUCGUGCUCGCCAGCGUCGCCUUGCCCAUGAUUCCCCGCUGGGCUGGCCCCCUCGCUGUCGCCCAGGCGCGCAAGCCUCAGCCCAUUACUGACAUGGCCGCCGAUUCCAACUUCAGUCCCAAGCCCACCAGGGCGCAGACCGUCUCCGCCACCACGUCGAGGUCCAGGCGCGCCAAAGACACCCGGAAGACCAGUGCGGCCGACGCGCGCCCUCACGCCCCGCGCGCCCUCUCCCAGACUCCUCCGUCUCCGUCUCUGCGGUCCAAGACGCCGACGGGGACGAGGCGGCCAUCUGCGCUGGAGCUCAGGUCGCUGGAGGCCAGGGCGAGUUCCGCCUCUCUUCCCUUGCCGUCGCCCAAGCCGACCACGAGACCAGCCACGCCGGUCUCGGCGGGCAUCUCGUCGGGGCCUUCCGAUGGCAUCUUAAGACGGCAUUCGCACCACUCCAAGGCAAUCCGGAAACUGAACGACCUGCCGCACUUGCAGAAGACGAGGCUUCUGAGGUCCCACUACUUUCGGUCGCAAACGCAGUUCUUGACGGCCCUCGAGGGCAUCUCAAACCGUCUCAUCAUUGUGCCCAAGCCCGCAAGGAUGAGCGCGCUCCGUGCCGAACUCGCCCUCGUCGCACGAGACCUGCCCGCCGAGGUCGACAUCCCCGUCAUCUGCCCGCCGACGCUGUUCAACGGAUCGCCCGGAAAGAGUCGGCACCACAGAAUCGUGCGCCUGAACCCAGCCGAGGCUACAGUCCUCAACAGCGCCGAAAAGGUGCCCUAUCUCAUGAUGGUCGAGGUACUCCGAGAUGACUUCACCUUCGACCCCGACACUGCCGACAACCGCCGACUCCUCGCCACGGUGUUGGACGAAAACGAGAGCUCUCGGCGACUCUUUGAUUUGUCUUCGGAGAUGCCCAAGAUCACGCAGGCGACAGUGCGCAGUCCUGAGCCUGUUAUCGACAGCGUAUUUGAGCCAGUUUCGGGCGACCUGGGAAGCUCGCCUCUCCUGAGGACCGACGACGAGGCGCCCGCCAGAUACAACGCCAGACAGGCCCAGCCGCACACAAACCUGCGCCUGUCCAGCGGGGCGACCACGUCGACGACGACGCUGGACGCAAUGACCCUGACGCUGCCUCGAACCGCAGCCCCCGAUCAGCCUGACUUUUCGGCUCUGGCCACUCACAUGAGGACGGCGUCGCAGAUGCUCGCGCAGCUCGAGGCCACGAGUGGCAAGCGGCCAAGGCACGAGGUGGCUGCCAUCCGAGCCAAGAUCAUUGCGAGCAUGCAGAGUCUGGAGGAGCAGAACUUCGAGAUGGACGAGCAUGGCCCCACAUUCGACACCAUAAUAGCCAAGACAAAUGCCAACGCCGCCGGCGACGCUCUGGACGGCCCUGAUCUCGACGAUGACGGGCCGCUGGACACGGCCCUCAACGCCAGCGCGGGCAGGGAGCGCAUGGAAAACGACAUCAAGACGGGCGGCGUCCAGCGCCGGGGCGACCGCGAUGACCCCAGCGCAGCCGUCUUCGGAGAAGCCUGGGAGGCGAAGAAGGAGCGCAUCCGCAAGUCUUCCCCCUACGGCUGGAUGAAGAACUGGGACUUGGUCAGCGUGAUUGUGAAGACGGGCGCAGACUUGCGGCAGGAGGCGUUUGCCUGCCAGCUCAUCAGCGUCUUUCACAGGAUCUGGGUCGAUGCCGGCGUCAAUGUGUGGGUCAAGCUGAUGCGCAUCCUUGUGACGGGAGAGUCGUCGGGGCUCAUCGAGACCAUCACCAAUGGCGUCUCGCUGCACUCGCUGAAGCGGAGCCUGACGCUGGCCUCGGUCGAAUCUGGCCAGAACCCGCGGCAACGCAUCGCCACGCUCAGGGACCAUUUCCUCAAGGCCUUUGGCCAGCCGGACAGCAAGCCGUACAGGGCCGGCGUGGAUGCCUUUAAGCGUUCGCUGGCGGCGUAUAGCAUCUUGUCGUACAUCCUGCAGCUCAAGGACCGCCACAAUGGAAACGUCCUCAUCGAUAGCGAAGGCCACAUCAUCCAUAUAGAUUUUGGCUUCAUGCUAUCCAACUCCCCCGGCUCGGUCGGGUUCGAGGCGGCCCCCUUUAAGCUGACGCAGGAGUAUGUGGACGUGCUGGGUGGCAUAGGGUCUGUCGACUUUGACGACUACAAGAAAUUGUGCAAGCAAGCGUUUCAAGCCCUUCGCCGGUCCGCAGACAACAUCAUCGACCUGGUUGCGAUGAUGGGUCGCGACUCCAAGAUGCCCUGCUUCUCGGUGGGCGUGUCGCACGCCACGAGUACUCUACGGCAACGAUUCCAGCUGCAUCUCAGUGCCGUGGAGGCGGAGCAGUUCGUCGAGACGGAUCUCGUUGCGAAGUCGUAUGGAAGCUACUACACGCGACUCUACGACACCUUCCAAUAUCGAACGCAAGGCAUAUACUAG